UACAGAUCUGCUGCGGAGCUGUUAAUGAUCGAACCCGCUGAAACGUGUGGGGGGCUGUGGGGUUUUGGGGGGUGACACUGGACCUGCAGGCUGUAAGUCUGAGGCUGAACUCUUUUCACUCAGUUUGCAGACGCCAUGGCUCAGCUGGUGGAGUGUGUCCCCAACUUCUCUGAGGGUCGAAACAAAGAGGUGAUCGAUGCCAUCUCAGCAGCCAUCUCCGGCACCUCCGGCUGCAGCCUGCUGGACGUCGACCCCGGAGCCUCCACCAACCGGACCGUCUACACCUUCGUGGGCUCUCCUGCGGCUGUGGUGGAGGGCGCGCUGAACGCCGCCCGGCAGGCCUUCAGCCUCAUCGACAUGAGCAAACACUCAGGUGAGCAUCCUCGGACCGGAGCGCUGGACGUUUGUCCCUUCAUCCCCGUCCAGAACGUCUCCAUGGACGACUGCGUCAACUGUGCCAACAUCUUUGGACGGAAACUGGCAGAAAUGCUGCACGUCCCCGUUUAUCUUUAUGGAGAAGCAGCACGAAAAGCAACGAGGAGAAGUCUCCCGUCUGUCCGAGCCGGAGAGUACGAAGCUUUACCUGAGAAGCUGAAGUGUGAUGAUUGGGCCCCUGACUUCGGCCCCGCCGCGUUCGUGCCAUCGUGGGGCGCCACGGUAACCGGCGCUCGCAAGUUCCUCAUCGCCUACAACGUGAACCUUAUCAGCACCAAGGAGCAGGCUCAUCGCAUCGCUCUGGACGUCCGGGAGCAGGGCCGAGGGAAAGACCAGCCCGGGAUGCUGCAGAAGGUGCAGGGGAUGGGCUGGUACCUGGACGAGGCCAACAUCGCUCAGGUGUCCACCAACAUCUUGGACUACGAGCUGACCCCCCUCCACACCGUGUACGAGGAGAUCUGCAGGGUCGCUGAGGACCUGAAGCUGCCUGUAGUCGGCUCUCAGGUCGUGGGUCUGAUCCCGCUGAAGGCUCUGCUGGACGCUGCCGACUUCUACAUCCACAGAGACCGACUCUUCGUCAUCGAAGAGGAGCACAAAGUCCGGCUGGUGAUCAGCAAGCUCGGCCUCGACUCUCUCGGCCCGUUCAACCCGAAGGAGAGAAUCAUCGAGUACAUGGUGAGGUCACAGGAGGACAGCCGGCUGGUGUCUCUGCCUCUGCAGCAGUUUGUUCACAGUGUCGCCGCUCGGACGGCGGCUCCCGGUGGAGGAUCAGUUUCUGCUGCCGUCGCUGCUCUGGGGGCGGCGUUGGGCGCCAUGGUGGGUCAGAUGACAUACGGGAAGAGGCAGUUUGAGAACCUGGACAGUGUGAUGAGGAGGCUGAUUCCUCCGUUUCAUCAGGCCAUGAACGAGCUGCUGCUCAUGGUGGACGCCGACUCAUCCGCCUUCAACAGCUACAUGGCGGCGCUGAAGAUGCCAAAGAACACUGCAGAGGAAAUGAAAAGGCGACAGGCUGCGAUGCAGGAGGGUCUGCAGAGAGCGGUGGGCGUCCCGCUGGCUCUGGCUGAGAGGAUCAGCGUCCUCUGGCCGUAUCUUAAAGAAAUGGUCGUCUACGGAAACAUCGCCUGCAAGUCCGACGCUCAGGUGGCAGCUAAAGCUCUGGAGACGGCUGUUUUCGGUGCGUAUUACAACGUCACCAUCAACCUCAAAGACAUCACAGACGACGCCUUCAAGACGGCCACUCAGACGAGAGCGUCGGCGUUGCUGCAGGAAGCGAAGGAGAGCGCCGCCGGCAUCCUCCACGCUGCUGAGGAGAGAAACUGAAAACACAAAGAAAAGAGCAGAGACUGUGCUAGUUCUACAACCUUGGAUGGUUCUUGCAGCAAUGCACUCUUUCAUGUCCAUCACAGUCUGUGAUGACUUAUCCUUAACAAACAGGUUUCUCUGCAGAACAUCUCCUUCCUAAAUGAAGAAUAUCUUUAUGUAUUGAUUCUUCUGUCUUGAUUGAGGAUAAAGACUCAAUAACUAAAAGUAGAUAUCAUAUUGACACAUGUAUUAAAGUCACAUUUAAUCAAUAAAUGAAUUACAUUUUC